AUGACGUAUACGACAGCAAUCAGCACAAAGUCCACUGAAGUAGAGAAGCGCGUGAACUCAACACGAUCAAUCUGCAGCUCCCCAUCGUCCAUUUCGGACGUGGGUUUUAGCUGCAGCUCGACGGACCGAGUACCUUUAGCAAGCAACAAGGUCGAUACUACUACUAACAACGUGAAAUCAGGUGAUGAGCUUGAACAGCCUGAAGUUCAGGACGGUAUGGAUUCCCUGGCUUCAGGUUCCAUUGAUAUUAAUGACGCUCUUGCGCAUCCUUUGAGCAGCUCCGAGUCGCUCAAGCGCAAAUCUGUUGAAGAUGUCGACGAAACACAGGAUCAAGUGACCAAGAAGCUCAAGACAGAACAGUUGACACCUGCUGAAGCUGAUAGUGACUAUCUACCUACUGACAUUGAGGAGGACGAAGAGGAGAACGUGUACAAGUCUUCUGUUUCUCAUGAUGACUGUACCGCUGUUGUUGGCUGUAGAAGUGUUGAAAUGAAUGCCGCUGCUGAUGUUACAUGUAGCAGUGAAACAACACGCCGUUACAGCCGUCGUACGCUCUACAUCGAGUACUGGAGCCGGACCAAUGAAUGUAAGGAACGCAAAUGGGAUCAUCUUGAUGAAAUUGCCGAGAAUUAUGGGUCAGCUGAGGAACACAUUUUUGCUACGACUCUAAAGGAUAGAUCUGCGUUCCUAGAACCCAAUAUGUUUCCCUAUAACACUCCUGCAGGCAUCGAGCACUGGACGCUGUGGCAUAUCAAGGAUCUGAAUCAUGACCAGGUGAAGCAGUACGUGGAGAGCUGGAUUGAUGCCAAUGCGUCACAUGUCGAGCGAUGGAACUAUGAUGACAACCCGGAACGUUCCAUUGAUAUUUUUCACGUGCACGUGUACUUUCAGGUGGCCGAAGGGCUCACGGUGCUGCAUGACCGCAAGGUGGAGAAUUUAAUGCACGAAUUCGACUGA